GGCUUGCUGUUGGUCUGGAUCCACAAGGCUAUGGGAACCCUGAUUUCUGCUGGUUGUCUGUUCAUGACACCCUUAUCUGGAGUUUCGCUGGGCCCAUCGUAAUUGUUGUAGUUAUAAACACUGUCAUCUUUAUACUAGCAAUGAAAGCAUCAUGCGGACGAAGGCAACGUUCAUUUGAAAAAACUGGAGUCAUCUCUGUGCUGCGAACGGCACUCCUGCUCUUGCUGCUCAUCAGUGCCACGUGGCUGCUGGGGCUGAUGGCGGUGAACAGCGACGUCAUGACGUUUCACUAUCUCUUUGCCAUUUUCAGCUGCCUGCAGGGGCUGUUCAUUUUCUUCUUCCACUGCGUAUUUAACAAAGAAGUCAGGAAGCACUUGAAGAACACUUUAACUGGGAAGAAACCUCUUCCAGACGAUUCCACUGCAACAAGAGCCACAUUAUUAACUCGAUCUCUGAACUGUAACAACACGUAUAUAGAAGAGCCAAAUAUGUAUCGCACAACUCUCGGGGAAUCCACUGUCUCCCUAGAAAGCACCGUCAGGUCAGCCAAGAGCCACAAUAGCUACCUUGCUUAUAUUCUCAGGGAUGAGGCUGCUCAUAAGCUAAGUGGAUCCUCAAGUCAAGCAAGGGCUGGUCAGACUGAAGCAGAUUCCUCCAUUUUUCAUAGGAAUCCAUCAAAAUCCAAUGAGCACGACUCAGACUCUGACAGCGAACUGUCCCUUGAUGAACACAGCAGCUCUUACGCCUCUUCCCAUUCAUCGGACAGUGAGGAUGAUGGGCUCGAGACAGAGAAAAAGUGGAAUACAUCUACUUCCAAAAAUAAUGAACGUGGCCCACUCCACAGCACACCCAAAGAGUGCGUAACAGCCAGCGAUGGUGAGGACCCCAGCGGGAAACAGAAACUCAAAGUCGAGACCAAGGUCAACGUAGAGCUUCACAGGGAAAACCAGGUGAACCACAGCAACGAAGCACCGCAGGACAAGGAGAACGAAGGACAGCAGAAGGAGAACAGACCUCUCUCCCACCAGAAUAACCAGCAGCCAGAGCAGAGGAAAGGCAUCUUAAAAAAUAAAGUCACCUACCCUCCCCCGCUGGUGGAUAAGAAUAUGAAGAAUCGACUGCGGGAAAAGCUGUCGGAUUACAAUCAGACCACAAUCUCAUCCAGGACUACAUCUCUGGGGACAAAUGAUGGGGUCCGCUCUCCCUCGGACUCAGGGGUGACAGUAAAAAAUGCUCGGAGGGAGCAGUCUCGAGACCAGCUCAACGGCAUGGCCAUGAAUGUCCAUGUGGGAACAGGACAUGCUGACACCUCAGACUCAGAGUAA